AUGGCGGCGCUCGGCCGUACCUCGACGACCUCGUCCAGCUUGUCGGUGAUCUCGGGGUCUCCGCCGGGACUGCCGGUGCCCCUGCUCCCCCUCUCCGACACGGCCUCCAAGUCUCCCCUGCAGUCCAAGACCAGCUCCCAGGACUCGCUGCCCAGCUCCCCCUGCGGCGAGGACGCGCUGCCCCUCGCCGUGUUCUAUGGGCCGCUGGACGCUAAAAACCCGCUCCUGGCCGCCCUGGAGAAGGAGAUACAGGAGUUGCUGGGCUUCAUGAAGAGAAAGAAAGCUUUAUCGACCACGGAGGAGAAGAAGCACGAGUUCAACCGGCGUGGUGCCAUCUCUUUGUUUAAUAUCUGGACCAAAUAUGCACCCCGGCUACCCGCUGACUAUUACAAUGAAAAGCUUCUGAAGGUUGGAGAUAGCCUCUGCGAAAUGAAAGAGUAUAAAUUGGCCCUUUUACAGUGCUAUGGAAGAUACCUUCAGCAGUUCAGUAUCAGCUUUGAUGAGAGCAUAGCAGAUAUACAACAAUUCAAAACUGUCUUUUUUCCAAACGGCGUUGAAGACCAAACUGCUGCAAAUACAUUUCAUGCUUUAAAUGGAAAAAAUAUUUGCAGCUACCAGCUGGUCUGUGACAAUGACUUCAACCUGCAGAACAAAGAGUCAGUGAUCCAGUGUCUGCAUAUCUUGUCCUCCUUAAGACUCAUCAUGCAGGUGGCCUUGCCACAGGAGCACCUCUGCUGGAUCAUCUUCAACGGUACUAUUUACAUUUACACCAUUUGCAGAAAACUGAUGAUUAUUGGCCAGUCUUCCAAGACCUUAGAGUAUCUCCUAUGGGCCAGUGUGUGUAUGGAGUCCUCAGUCCCACUCCUGUCUGUCAGGUAUUUGACAUGGAGAGUUACUCUUUACACUGCGGUCUGCCAGUGCUACUAUGACUGCCAAGCUGCUGUCCAUGGAGAGGCCUUUGCUCGGCGUGCUUUAGCUAAAAUUGAUGAAUUAAGGCAACUGGAAUUAAUGAGCUCCUCACAACAACCAGAAGCAUCUAGGAGAUAUUAUAGGGAGGCCACGAUAAAGAUGGCAGUGAUGAUCUUCAAAAGAGCAGUAUUUGAGUCCAGAAGAAGAAGCAAAAGUUUCUUUAGACCAAAGAUAAGAACUAACCUGAAGGAAGUACAAACUUUGCCUUGGCCACGCACUGUCACAGAACGGUUGUUGGAUGAGAUGUUUGAUAGCACUGCAUCCCGGUUUCUGGCUAUCUUGGAAGCUCUUUCUGAUUCAAAUAGGCGGACACUGCAAACUGGACCUAUUGUUACAGAUGAAAUAGAAAUUCGUGAUGUUGUCUCAGAACUGUUUAUAGCAGGACGAGAACUUCUAAUAAUGUCAAAUACUGCUAUGGAUGGAAUGUUUGGUUUUCCAAAAGUUUCCCUUUUGCAACUUAUUAUAGAAAGAAAAAAUAUUAUUUCUAUGGAUGCUGCUGUAAAAUUUAUAAAAUUAGCUUUUAACUAUGAGGAAUGGAGUUUAUUUGAAUCAGCAGCUGGACAGCUUAUUGAUUUUCUCCAGACACUGGAUGACCCAGAGUCAAAGAAAGCAAAGAAGGACUUAACUCUUCUUUUUGCAAUGGAACCUCUAGUCAAUAUAAAAAAGAACAAAGGUUUGGUCUACCCUUUGGAAAACUACAAAGAAGGACAGGCAGCCUAUUAUGCUAAAAAAAAUUUUCCUGAUUCUUGUAUGAAGAAUUAUGGAUAUUCAGAAGAUAUUUUUCAAUUAGCAGCAGUCUUGUAUUCCUGUGUCUGCAACUGUUCCCAGGAUGUUCAGCCUGAUAAAGAAAUUGUGGUGGACAUGAUAAUGUUCUUAUGGCAGAGAUGCAAAUUAGGAAUUCAGCGGCUCAAUAUAUCCAGAAACGACUAUAAAAAAUUCACCCAGAAAAUAAGCACUAACAAAUGGAUUUAUCUUCUGUGGCAAAUAAAUGAACUAAUUCACUGCUACAAAAUGGAAGACAUUGACAUUGUAGUAGUGGCAGAGGUCACAUUACGAUUAAGUGAAAUAUUGGAGAAUUUAGGAAACCCGAAAAGAAAAUUUAAAAGAACUCUAGAAGUAACUCUAAGUAAAGGACCUAGUGAAUUAUUUGGGACUCCAAGCGAGCGCCGGGAAAUUCUUCCAAUAUUACAGAAAAAACCCUUGGAACAAUUAUAUUUGGCUUAUGAACUUCUUGACAAAGCAAUUGGUGCAAUAAAUGUCAAUUGCAUGUUAGCUACUUUGCCAAAUGGAUUAUCAGUGUUUGAUCAUUGCUAUACCAAGUACACCCAGGAUACAGAUGGAGACAUUGCCAAACCAAUCACACCAAAUAAUUUCAUCAUGGAUUUACAUCUUGAAUUAAUUCAAGCUCAGCAUCAAAUAGCUGUUGUGCUUCUUGACCAACUGGAAGUUUUGCAGAUUCCAACCGUUAGCAAAAAUAUAUCUACCAAACUUCCAGAAAAACUAAAACAACCUGAACACAUUGAUUGUUUUACAGAAGUCAGUGUAAUGAAUAAAAUAAGGAAGAAUAAGCUAUCCAAAGCAAUUUAUUUGAUGAAGAAAGCUCUUCUAAUAUUUGAGAAAGAUGCAACCUCUACCUCUUCACAUAACCUUUUGAUGGAAGCAUAUUCUUUAAUUGAGAAGGUUGAAGUAAGACAAAAUGCUCAAUAUCUGUAUCAGAAAAAUAUGGAAAGUUCAACAAAAAAGAAAAGCAGAAUCCCUCCUCCACCUAUCCUGCUAUCCCGAACUCAUUGUUCUGUGACAUUGAAACCUGCUUCAUUUAUUUCCGAUGAUAAGGUGUCGUGGUACCGCAUUUUGGGCUGCAAAGCAGAAGGGAGCCAUGGAAAAGUGAGACUAAACAAUAAUCGUCUCCCAAACUCAGGAGAGGCGGUUGCCUAUCAGAUUGGUAACUAUGAAUUGGCUAAGAAAGUUUUCUCACCAGCCUGGGAUUAUUUUGUCACUUCACCGCCUCGCAAUGAACAGUCUGUGGUUUGUUUAAGCAAUAUGAUGACUAUUACACAGAGAAAAUUAUAUUCAGAUAUUUUGGCAGAGACUUCUUCAAUCCUUUUAUACCUUUUUCUCAGAAAUAUUUUUGUAACAAGUGACAUUAAAAUUAAAGAAGAAAAUCUUUUCUGUGAUAAUAUCAAAGGCAAUGAGAUUUUUCCUGCUCAACAAAUUGCUAGACUAACUGAAUGUGAGAGAGUGUUAGUGGCAUUGGAACUUAGCAACUACCUAAAUGAUUCCAGUUAUGCUCUUCAAGCUGUGACUCAAUGCUAUGGCCUUCUUGCUCCUAUAAUCUAUCACAACAUUGUUUUGGUACCUGUCAUACAGAUUUUGAUAAAGUGUAUGGUGGUUUUGCAAGGACUACCAAAUGUCAUCCACUCAAAGAAAAAUAUGGCAAGUUUUGAAAGCAUACAGCAUAUGAUAGCUUGUUGUCUCUUCUACACAACAAAGAUUCUGCGUUCAUGGAAGGAACAUGACCUGGCAGUAAUUAUUAUAAAUUAUGGAAAAAGGAUGUUGGACAUCACGCCAGAAUGCAAAUCCCUAUUUGGUAUGGCUGAGCAAGAAGAAACACAAGAGGAGGGUUCUACGAAGACUUCUAGGACCAAGAGGCCACAGCAGACAUUAUCACCUGAAAAAAUAAAUGAACAGCUGCUCUUGAUGGAGUCACACCUUCUCAAAUUGACGAAGCAAUUUACAGCUGAACUCUCAGGAUCAGAGGACCCUAUCUUUCUUUACCCUAUAGUUUUAAAUUGGUCGGUCAAAGGUGCUGUGAAAGAAGUUAUGAAAUUUAAACAGAGACCUAGAUUCCUGGAAUUUUUUUCCCAAAUUAUGCUGAAAUGUCUAAACGAUGAAAAAUAUUCCCUUAUGGUGGAGAUUACAAAUCCUGUCAGUGACUUCUUGAAAAGGAGAAAUGAGUCCCUAGUUGGAAUGAAAAAAAUGAAAUAUAAGGACAAUAUUUUGGGUCAGAAAAUAGAUAAAUUUGCAAAGAAGUAUAAAGCUGCAAUAAUGGAGAUUGCGAAAACUACAGAAAUACCAAAAAGAAAAAAGAAAAUUAGGGGAACUCUAAGAGACUUUUUAUCCAGAAAUCCAUGGGUUGCUGAAUUGUCAGCACAAGAAAGAAAUAAGAGAGUGGAUAUUAGAAAAAUAGCACAUCGAAUCCUGGUAGAAAACUUGAAUCCUCUAAUAUUUAAUUAUAUUAGAAGGAAGAGGUUCCGUCAAAUAUGUCUUGAAGAGAUACCCUGGAAGGCUCAGAUGAACUUGUAUCUGGCAAAUGCACACUUCAACCUGCUUUUAAUAAAGCUAGGGGAACGUAUGAAGAUGAAAUUUGGUGUUUCACAUACAAUGGUCAGUUUCCGGUCAUGUGAUCCUAGUAUAUUCUCAUUAUAUAAUUCAGGAACAGUAUUACCAACAGGAAAAUUGACUCUAGAAAACUAUAAAGUGAUGCUUGACUUCCUUCAUACAGCUAAAAAAAGGAGGAUGAAUUUACCAUCAGAUGCUAUAGAGUUUACAACAUUUAUUGAUUCCCAAAAGAGUGAUGAAAAUGUUUCUAAGACACAAACAGCUUCUGACCCUGACUUUCAAGGAGCUCUUACUGCUAAAGAAAGGGAUCGAUCAUCAACUUUGAUUUUAUUGGACCAUUUUAUGAAAAUAUUUUUACAUUGUAGGAGAGCAAUGGUUUUUGCUCACCGUGGCGGCUAUUGGACUCUGCUUCAGAACUGCUGUCGGGCUCUUUGGAACUUUGCUCGGGAGCUACAGAUCCUUCUUAAACAAGCAGUGGACCUGUGCAAAAUAUUUCCUGUUAGUCAAGAUGGUUUCCUUUGCAUCUCUGUAUUACCAUUCUAUUUUGGAGCAGACCUACUUAUUGACAUGUUAAUAGAACUACAAAAUUCCAAUUCUAUUGAGAUUAUGGAAGAAAAAGGAGAAUACAGUGUUCCAAGUUGCUAUGGAAAUAUUAAAAAUGAUAAUGGCGGUUCUAGCCUUACUUUUGAGCAUCCUUUGGAUAAUGUAAAUAUGGUUGAUUUGAAAUGGAUCCAUGAUUUUGUAUUAAAAUCUCUGGAACUUUUGUAUCAAGUAGAAAAAUGGGAAACACUAGUAUCACUUGCCAUUCAAUUCAAUAUAAUUUCACAUGAGAGAUACACAGAGCAAGUGACACCACUCCUGGUGUAUGCACAGCGCCAGCUCCUUCUGAGAAUAUCCAAGUUUGAGGGCCCAGAUAUUAUCCAACAACCUUGUGUAAGAUAUGAGACCAAAUAUAAAGAGAAGAUAACCUGUCGGAAUUUUAUUGGAAAGCAACUCGAGAUUAAUCCUCCACCCAGUCAACUGACAGAAACAGAUAGCGACUCAGAUUACCUCCAAAAGGUCACAGUUUCAGAAUAUGGCUACUCCAAAGGGCUCCUCUCUGUGCCCGUGGACGUGGCAGAUACGCUGAGAUGUUUUAGAGAGACUUUGGAAAAGUCCAGAUAUCACAACAGAUCAAUCCGACACAGCAGAAAGUUGCUUUCACUAUUUCUUGCACAGACACAAGGAGACAAAGGAAUAGACAAUGCCAAAUUUGCUACUGGAAAGGUGCAGUUUUGCCUGGGGACGGAAGAGAUGCACAUGCCCACACCCCCUGACCUUUCUCAGGAACACUUCAGAGUUUUCAGUUCGGUGGAGAAAAGCAAACUUCCCUAUUCACAGCUCGGACUCGUAAUUUCUUCAUAUUAUGAAACUAUUGAUGUUCUCCAAGCCAGCAAUCAAAGAAGUCUUAAAGUUCAGGCGUUGCAUCAACUUGGAAAUCUUCUUAUCUUCGCAGGAAAGAAAAGGGCUGCUUUUAAAUGCUGGUGUCAAGCUCUUGAUGACAUAUUCAGAAAACCAGAUGUGUUGCAUACAUGGAAAGAGUUGGGUACCUCGGUCACCAGUGCCACCAACAGUUGUUCACCUCCACGUACCAAAGACUACAGUGGGGAAUUCCUGUCCAGAGUUGGCAUUUGGGGGUGUCUGCAAGGGGCAGAAAUAUCGGCAAAGAUAGCCCAAUUCAUUAAGGUGUUGGAUGUUGAGAAGAGAACCAAUUGUUGCAUUUUGUCUGCAUUACUCUUUCAGGGUUUGCUUAGAACCACACUUCCAAAUCCUAAAGCUGAACGUUGCUAUGCUCAGUAUGAAAUCACUCAGCUUCUCCCAGGCAUCGAGCUCUUCUCGGAUCCAUACCGGGCUAAUAUUUGCUCUGUAGUUGCCAGUCUCUAUUUUGUAAUACGCGAACUGCACUUUGCUAAGCAAAACAUAAUCAUUCUGCCUCUCCUUGCAUUGUACCAAUAUUUUGUUGCUGCAAUUUGCCAAGACUUGGUCAGAAAUCUAGAAGUAAGAAUCCUCAAGAUCGAAGUCCUCACAGAAUUAAGAUUCUUCUCCGAAGCCUUUCAUGAGAUAGCCCAGAUAUUUUAUGGGAAGCACAUGCCUUCCCUAGUCCCGACCCCUUCUAAAGUGUAUUCAAAAGUGAAGACAUUUCAACCAUUUGACUCAGGAAAACCUCUUACUAGUAAAGAAAAUAUACAGGCACUCGACGACUUAAUCAAUAAAGGCUUGCCUAACAUUCUGCAUUCAGUUGGCCUGCAACAUCUUUCAAAUAAGUUUUCUUUUGUUAAAGCAUACUUGUUAGUAAGUGUGGCCGAAACAAUAAAUUGCGUUCCAGAAAAUAUAUUAAAAAUAGGCUCCCAUGGGAAGAACAGAAUGAACACCUCAAACUUGAAAGAGCUACAUUCAAAGGAUAAUGGAGGCACAUUUGGUUAUUUAAAAAAACUAAAAGAUGACCUCACUCUUAGUACACUAAAGUCAAUUUUACUGACAGAAGCUGAAGACAGGCUCAACUCCCUGGUGUCAGAGAUGGAGCCACCAGGCCAGAAGGGCCUUGCCCAGUGCUCUGUGAGCCAGCUGGAGAUUGUGAUGCAGGCCCGGCUUCAGCUCGCUGCCAUUGCCCUGCAGAGAUACCGGGCGGCGUACAGUGUUGCAAUAGUGUCUUCCACACUUAAGCUUCUCCAGGAUUCAAAACUUUUUCAAAAGAAGGUGAUAUCAGUUGACACAGCGAGUUCACUCUCUCUAGAAACUUCUGUCAUUGAAAGUAAAGAUGAUAAUGAAUUUUUAGAUCCUAUCUCUCUAAAUUCUCGAGAAUAUUUCAACAUUCAUCUGUGGUUGAGGUGCCGCUUAGCAUUGGUGACUGCGUUUGUUGCACAGAUCCGUGGCAUUGGAAUUGUGAAAGAAAAUGAUAUGACAGAUUACGUUAGCCUCAUCAAUGAAGUGUGUGUGGAGGCAGAAAGUGCAGGCGACAAGGAGCUACAGGCUGAAUUCUUGAUGCAAGCUGUAAUCAUUGGCCUACAAGAAAAGCAUUUAAAGGCAGACAUCAUAACAAACCUUCAGGCCAUAAUACGUUUGCUUGAAGGAAAUGAGUUUAUUUCUCCGAGAUCUUUUUUAACUCUGACGAGAAGCUUGCUUUUGCUGGAUGACUUAACAAGGGCAGAGAAAUUCAAGGAAAUGCUCUCUUCAAAAACAGAAAAAAUAAAUUUGUUGAUUCAGUCUCACACUAUUCUUAUUGAACAGAUGCUAACUUUUGGAGAAACAAUUGAUUUUCCUUCACCAAACACUGACUAUGCAAGUCCAUUACAGCCUUUGAAAAAUGUCUAUCUUCCUCAUAUCAUGUUAUUGGCCAAAACAAAAAUGAGAAUAGGACAUAUAGUGGCCAAGCAAAUCUACUAUACCAGUAAAAAGAAGGAUUUUUCAAAGUGGUCACCUGCUCUUCAACUUUUUGAAACAGCAUUUAAGCUCUGUAAAAUUUCAGCAACAGAGGAACAUGAGGUGGAAGCUGAAAUCCUUUUUCAGAAAGGCAAAAUAGAAUGUCAAAUGUGGAUCGAGGAUAAAUCUCCAAAUUUGCCACUUGACACUUUAUAUGAAGCUAUACAAAUAAGCUUGAGCCAUGAUCAGAACUCACGGUUGAUAAGGGACUCCUACCUAGAGAUUGCCUUAUUAUACCUACAUAUGAGAAGGGUAAAGCACAAACUUUCAUCAGCACCAUUAACACCUAAGAUUUCUUCCAGAAGGCAUAGUUCUAUUAAAGAACCAACAGUAAACAGAUUUGAAAUGCUCAGUUCACUGGCCUGGAUUGCAAUAAGAGCUGCUGCACAGGUCAGUAAAGCUGUGUUGGCAAUUAACUUGCUUAUUGGAAAGAAGAACGUUAGGACUGAUCAAGUCAGUCAAGAGGCAUUGCUUAACAUCCCAGAAUUUGCCACUGUGGACCUUUUGUCUUCAUACACAGAUUAUUUGCAUGAUAAGUACCAAGUUGCCUUCCAGACUACUGAUAACAUACCUGAGGACACAGAUGCCAUAAAAAAGGCUCCAACUAAAGUAGAUUUUACAUGGAUCCUUCUACUACGCUACUACAUUCACCUGCAGAGGAUUAAUAACAUGAGUAAGCUUCUAGCAUCUCCAAAGCCAGGUUCUGGAAUUUCUUUGCCAGAUGAUACACUUCUCACGUCCCUUUUCAACUCUGGGUUGAUUUUGCGCCAAAAAGAAAUGCAUAACUUCCUUAAAAGAUUUUUACUUUUGUAUUCUUCUUCUUGUAUUGAUGAAUUUCCAAGAGAACUAUUUCAAGGAUUGGAAUCCCCAUUUUUUCCAGAAAAAGUCAUAUUUGAGAUAUCAGCCAAGGGGACUCGUGACAGUUCCAUAAAUUCCAUUUUAUCAUUAAAGUUGAUUUCCAGCCAAAGUACUAUGGAGUCGGUUUCGUCAGAUAUGGCAAUACAAGCUUUAAACAAAGAACUUUGCUUUCAAUGGUACAUCCCUCCCCUGGAAAGACCUCCAAGGGAAGUAGAACCUAUGGUUUUAUUGUUGUAUGCAUAUAACAUGAAGCCCCUGAAGAUUGUAGAUGUUAGCAACAUCAGUUACAACAGUGCCUUUGUUGGUUCCUUCUGGGUUUCCCUGCAAAGUGUCAUUACAAUUCAUGAGAAACUAUCAAAUCUUAUGCAAAUCGCUGAGAUCUCGUUGCCAGCAGUUCCUGAAGUUUCUCAAGAUGAAAACGUAUCUGAAGCACAGGAAAUAGAAGUGAAAUGGAUUGAUUCAGAGCUGGAAAAAAUGAUUAUUGAAUGUUGCUCAGAAAUAAUAAGUCUGUUUAUGACUGAUAGAGAGACACAACCACUAUCUAAGGUUCCAUUUAAGGUCUCGCUGCCAUCCAUACUCAAUCUCGAGAGACUUUUUGAUCUUGCUAAUGGUUGUAUCCUAUCAGGAGGAAGCCUUUUCAACUGGAUUGUGUCGAUUAUUCCCUGA